GCGACGGCAGCACGACCUCACUUUCGGCGUGACUCGACCGCAUCGGUGUCCAAAUGCACAUUAACCCUAUCCAAAUUCGCCAUGUUUUAUGCAGUCCAGAGAGGCUUCACGAGGAGCAAUCUUUGAAGUCGUCGAAGGACCCAGUUUGCAAACUGUCUUUCUAGCAUUUGUAAACCACGUGCCGUCGGGGUGCGUUUGUGUGACGUCAUUCGUUCGUAAACGUAGCCUUCGGAGCACGCAGUCUACAUGGUAGACUAAGAAUAUGGACACCGCCAGAGAUCGCCGGGAAUUUUCAAAUGUACUUAUGGCGCUAUUUCAUUGCACGUAUAUAGGCCAUAAAAUACAUAGAUCAGAUGUUCUUUGUUUUUUUAUGGAAUAAUAAAAUGCAUUACAUUAAAUGGUAAAUGGGCUUUUACUUAUAUAGCGCUUUUUUACCUUUGGUACUGAAAGCGCUUUCCACUGUUACCUCAUCCACAGCAUCAGGAGCAACUGGGGGUUCAAUAUCUUGCUCAAGGACACUUCAAUAUGGUCGCAAUGGCCGGCGGAUACCGUGGCAAUUCAGCUUUCAGGUGGUUGAUACUUAAGAGCAUUGCUUGCCAUUGCUCGCGGUCUCUGGUUUAGCAGGUGGCGGUAUGCAACAAUGAGAUGUAAUCCGCCAAAAACUAGAAGAAGAAGAAGUGGUGCAACCGCUUCUUCUGUCCGGCCAAUCCAAUGGGAGCUCGUUUGUCGACAAGAGAAAACAAAUAAAUAUAAACUGUUAAAAAACAUGACUUCGGUUUGCUCAGAGUUCUUAGACUGGAACCUUGAAAACGUAUGUUCGCCUAACGUACUAAAAGAGGAGAAGCAGCUCUGUGCGUCGCUCAGAAGGUUCUACAACCUAAGCAGAAGGAAGUCCUUCGCUGCCUUUGUGGCAUCCAAGCAGGAAGCAAGUCUCGAGGUGGUGGGCAGUCCAUCCUGGUGCUGCUGUGGCUGUGUGUUUGCUGAGCAAGCUGCUAUUCACCAACACGUCGCCAGACUGCAUGGCAGUGAAAUUCAACAGCUGGCACGAGCCCAGUACAAUCACUCGCUUAACAAAGGCCAAGAAGAAAAAGACAACGCCAAACCACACAAUGAAAGCUCGUCCAUGGAGGUCACUGCGUGGAUGCCAGUGGGGACCCCGAAAGAGCCGGCUCUUUUUAUAUGCAACAAUGAGAUGUAA